AUGCCAAAGGAUUGGGCAAGUAUAAAAGAUGAGCUGGAGCAGCUCUACGUUACGGAAGGGCGAACGUUGGAGCAGGUUAGGGAAACUUUGAUAUCGACCCGUGGAUUUGGUGCAAGUAUUCGCAUGUACCGAAUGAUGCUUCGCGAGUGGGGAAUAAAAAAGUAUAAAUCGAAUAACAAAUGCGGCAACCCGUGUCCUCGACAUCCACGAUCCGCUCCGUCUGUUGAGCCGGAAGAUUCUGAAACUGCUGAAGAUGCUGAAGAUACUUUGGAAGAUACCGAUUUAUUACGCCUGUUGAACGAUGAUCAUUCCCAAUCUCAUAGCUUUAUGGAAUUAUUCAUGAACGAAAAUGCCACUCAGUCUCUCAACUCGAACAAUUCUGCGCAUAAUACUAAUACACCAUCAUCGUAUAAUUCUCAUUCAUUCGAGAAACCUCAUGCUGGUUUUAAUGACUCUUUCAUGCCAGAGAAUGCUAUGAGGGGUCGGGUUCCAGCAACAACAAUUCAUUCUCGACCUAUGCGGCUUUCAGAGCUAUUACCUCUAAUACACAAUCUAUACCCUGUCGAGCAUGCCUUCAUACCUCUUUUGCGUAAGUGGCAGUCAGAUGGGGAAUAUAUGGCGUGUGCCAUCUCAUGGUUGAACAAUCCUGCUCAUUGCAAAAAUAUACUCGGUUCCUCUCCUACUGGAAGCAAUCAUUUCAAAUUAAUCGACGAAAAUGUUCCUUUCCCAGAGCGCAUCACCCUGACCAAAGCGUUCCUUAAAGCUUCAAUUGUGCAUCACGUUGUCCCGUCACAAAGUAUAUGGAGUGUUAUCUGGGGUUAUACUAGAUAUGUUGAUCAAUGGAAAACGGUGAAAGACAAUCUCCUGGACGCGUCAUCCGGAUUUAUUGAGGAGCCUGGAUCGGUAUUCCAUCUUUGUGCUCUUGCUGUUAUGGGCGAGGAAUUACUUCAAGGCUAUAAAAAUCGACUUGAAGCGCUGCUGGCAGAUGCGCAAUCACUCACGGUCUCGAGAAGUGAGGAGGCAAAAGGUUUAUGUCAACAGUACAUUGGUACUCUGAAAGAUUUUCGCGAUCAAGAAGUUGAUGUCGAUAUAUCCUAUUAUAAAUACUCGCUAGAGAUUCUAGAUUGGAAUGAAGCUCUGGCAGGGCAGGAAAGGAGUAAGAUUGAUCGUUUGUUGGGAAAAUAUAGAAGGCUUGUGGGUUUAUUGACUGGGAAUUCACCAUCCUGGAUUGAUGGUAGUGUUGAUAGGAUGAUAGAAAAUGCGGAGCGGAGAUGUCUGGCUGGAAAUUCUAUGUCGUCGCCGGGACCGUCUCUUGCUCCGGAAAUGUUUUAG